AAGAGAGAUUUCCAGGAAAGGAAGAAAGUCAGACAGCUCUCCCCACUCCUCUCCCACCUUUACCAUGAAAAUACCAUUGGGAUUAAACUCUAUGCGAAGAUGAGAGGCAUGGAAGAGACAUUAGGAGAAACUGUUUCUCACGUCAGGAACAGGAGGAAGCACAAAGCCUAUCCAAGAACACUGGAAACGACAGAUUACACACACAGAACGAGCCAGUCCAUCAGAAGAAGAGCGCCCAGCCAGGGAGCCAAGCGGGAAAGGGCAGUCUUGUAGGCCCACCCAGUAACGCCCUUUCAGCCCCGUCCAGGAUGAGGUGGGAGUGCUUGGACCCUUGGACACACCCCACGUCACCUGACCCUGGGAGUACGUGUGCCCUUUGGUAGAGAAAUGCACAAGGCCCAAAGCCUCACGCUUGUGGCACCUCUUGGCUUUGUGUCUCAAAGGGCAGUCUUGCCUCACCUUCUACUGCAGGUGGAUGGGGGCUGUCCAUGCAGGCGACUGUCCCUGCCCGACUCCUCCACUUUCUCAGGAGAAAUUGGGACCCAGAAAACCCCUGGGUCUCUUGCUGCAAGGGUGACCAAUUUUGAAGUCAUUGCCGCCCCAAAUCUUUUGGAAGCUUGGAUGAAAAAAGUCUUCUAUCCCCAAUUUUCUGAAGAAAAUCUGAAAUUGGUCUUCAUCUCUGCACUAAUUUGGCACCUCUUAGCAGUACCCUGGGAUAGCGCCCCCUGUAUUAACCACCCCCUUCCGGCACACCCUGGGAUUGCUUUUAGUCAAGUCUUUCAGGAGAUGAAAUCAGCCUCCAUUGAGAAGCAACGUAAGGAACCACUUUGCAAAACUUGUCACUGGCUGUGUUUAGCGUAGGGAUGGUGUUCCAUUUCAGCCAUGAUGUCCUAUGGGAAUUCAGAGGCCAUGUUUCUCUUUAGUCUCAGAAAUAUAAUCAUUGUUAUUGAUAGGCACUCAAUGUUUUAUGUGGAAGAAUUUGUCACUUCAUUUGGUUGCUUAAAAGCAUAGAACCACUGGCAUAUAUUUUCCGCAUCAACCUGGAUUUAGAAUCUUUUUUUUCAUUUCUCUUGGCCUUAUCUUUUCAUUUCUUGUUUUCAGUUGGUUUUAUCCUGCUAAGGUAUAUGUAUCCUUACAAGCUGCCCUAAAUCUUUCGGUGAACAAAACCAGAGGUAAAUAACUAAGGUAUCCACAAGCUGUAUGUUCUACUGACCUAAUAAUAUCAUGAUGGUGAUCUGGCUUUCCACAGAGAAUUUUCUAAAAGGAGAUAAUAUACUCAUCAGAGAGCUCAAGGAUCCCAACUGGCAGAUUGAGUUCUCAGUGCACAUUAAAAAAUUGACACUUCCGUUCAUGUUAAGAGUCUCUUAUGGGCAAAGUGACUGUGUGUCCCUCUCUGAGGAAGCCUUCUGCACACUAGACGUAUUAAUCCACUUCCACUCCCUUGAUCAUGGCAAACUCUUUCCUACCUCAGGGACUUUGUACAUGUAAAUUUCCUCUGCUUGAAAUGUCCUUCCUCCUUCUCUCACUGCACCCCUUUUUCUCAUAGUAGAGCAGUAGCAGCACAUUAGAAUCCUCAAGGUGUGUGUGUGUGUGUGUGUGUGUGUGUGUGUGUGUGUGUAUGUGUCUUAUUAGUACUCGGGCUCCAAAUAAGACAAAUUAGACUCGAAUCUGCAGGGAUGCAGCCUAGGUAUUAGUAUUUUUAAAAAAGCUUCUCAGAUGAUUUUGAUUUGUAACCAGGACUGAGAAUCAUGGCUGUAGGUCUUAAAUGUGGAGCUUAAAUGUUAGCUUCUCCAAGAGGCCCUCCUUGAGCACCUCUAGGACACAGAUCUUGUCUUGCUCUCCAGCUCAGUUUCUUCCCUGAUCCCUUUGUAAUAAUCACCUCAAUCUGUAUGUAUUGCAUUUAUUUGAAUGCUUUUGUUUGUCCCUCACCCCCCACCCAUCAAUUAAGACAUAGGUGCUGUGAGGACAGAAAAUGUAUCUGUCUUGGUCUUUGUGCUUUUCUUCGGUGUACAGUGUCAGGUGCAUAACAGGAUUCUGAGUCUACAAUGAUAAGGAAGGCCCUAAAAUAAUACUACUGAUUUGUGGGGCCUCCUGGAAGCCAGUGAGGCCCCCAGAAUAUUAUGACAGAAUCUAUAUCAAUGCUCAGUGGCUAUUUUAAUUGGCAAAAUGGUUGUACACACUUUCCUCUUACCUGACCCCCGUGUCCUAGGACUUUUUCAAGUGGGAUCUGUUAAUAAAUCUUGAUUCGGAGCAUCUCCUUUAUGUUCGUGUUCUUCUCCUUCAUUUUAUUUUGACCAUUGUGAGUGAGGGAUUCCAACUUGUUCGUCUUUGCGUUUCCACCCUACUCCAGCGCCCGACACUGAAUCUUACACAUAGAGGGGCCCAUAAAUAUUUGUUGACUUGAAUGGAGUUGACUUUGUCUUCUUUAUGGCAUGUAGAUAUUUUGACCAAGAUUUCACCCUGGGCAGUAACAUUUAUGAUUAUCCAGAGAUUUGAGGCGUGGGGGACUGUGAGCACAUCAUGAAAGCUAAAUUUGCUCGUCUAGGCAAUUGCACCAUCAUGUCAAUGCAGAUGGUCUCUACACCUGGAUUACACAGAAGGACAAAACAAGUAAAUUUGUGUUUGGAGGCAAAUAAUGAAACUGUGAGGAGUCUGAAAACAACUCAGUCACCUACCUCAUAACACAGGUGCUGGUCCAAAAAAGGAUGAAUUCAUGGUGGGGCUGCUUGAGCUUUCGCUCUGACUGAAUCAGUUCUUUCUAAAUUAUUAUUUGAUAGUUAUUAAUAAAUCAAAGCAAACCAUCCACCUACUGUUUUCCCUCCAUAGUUAAUAUGUUCACCAAGCUGACGUCUAUGUUCUAAGGUACUUUUUUCCUAAGCUUAAAUGAUCUAAGACCAGUUACAGGAGUGGACAUUUUUUUUUCUUUCUUCUGCUUUAUUUCACUUCCUUAAGGAAUCAUCUUGGUUUGUCACUUUUCCUUCCCUCAGUUUUAUGUAGGUGAUGUGUUGAUGGGAAAUGGAGAGACCUCUUACCUGGGAAAGUAUUCAUAUUGUCAUGGAGAGAAAUGCACGUGCGCACACACACACACACACACACACACACACACACACACUCAUAAACCCACACAGAUGAAAUCCCCUCUUCAGAGAAGCCAGCCAGCUACAGGAAAUUGACUUAUGCACAGGAACUUGCUAAUCUCUAUUGUCACAUUCGGAUUGUUCCUGCCACCUCAGUCACCGCGCACACUAAACCCAACCAUCUUGGGUUGAAUUCUCUACCAGCUCCCUCUGAUAUUUUUGGUUCUUCCAAUGUGAAUCAGUUAUAUUCUUGAGGAGGAAGGAAAAGUUGAUCCCAGAGGAAAUUAGAACAGCGCUCGGGAAGCUUUUGCAUUUACUUACCUGCAUCAAACAAAUUAACUUCCGGAGUCAGUCAUUUUGGUGUCAAGAAAUUUCUUCGGCAUUCUACAACAGGUGACCUGGAGGCUGUUCAUCUGUAGGUGAACAUCUGAGACCCAUUAAUCCAGAACUCUUCUACCGGGGCCCCAGGCACCAAGAUGUUCCCGAAGUGGCUGGGGUCCGUUAGAAACUGAAGCUGCUGUCGGCUGCCUUCCCCAGUCGUAGAGAAGUCGAGAGAGAGCUGUGUGAAGGCGCCGCUGCAUUCACAUAUCAGUUGAAGACUAGCCGUUGGAGGUCUUCAAUGUAGAUUGUGAGUCUCCCUCGGAUGGACGGGGAGAAUUGCUGUGAGGGGUCUUGAUAAACCCUAUCUGGUGUUCAUUCCCUGUGUUGAAUGGCAUUUGCUUCAGCAGCCCACUGAGGGCCCUUUUACCUGGGAUUCUGAGCUUGUGACCCGGAAUCCAGGCUGGGAAGAUGCUGAGUUCCAUCAAGUGUGUGUUGGUGGGAGAUUCUGCUGUGGGGAAAACCUCUCUGCUGGUGCGCUUCACUUCAGAGACCUUCCCGGAGGCCUACAAGCCCACGGUGUACGAGAACACAGGUGUGGAUGUCUUCAUGGACGGUGUCCAGAUCAGCCUGGGCCUCUGGGACACGGCGGGCAAUGAUGCCUUCAGGAGCAUCCGCCCCCUGUCCUACCAGCAGGCGGAUGUGGUGCUGAUGUGCUAUUCUGUAGCCAACCAUAACUCUUUCCUCAACCUGAAGAACAAAUGGAUUGGUGAGAUCAGGAGCAACCUGCCCUGCACACCUGUGCUGGUGGUGGCCACUCAGACUGACCAGCGGGAGAUGGGGCCCCACAGGGCCUCCUGCGUCAACGCCAUAGAGGGAAAGAAACUGGCCCAGGAAGUAAGAGCAAAGGGCUACCUGGAGUGCUCAGCCCUUAGCAACCGAGGGGUUCAGCAGGUAUUUGAGUGUGCCGUCCGAACUGCCGUCAACCAAGCCAGGAGACGCAACAGAAGGAGGUUCUUCUCCAUUAAUGAGUGCAAGAUUUUCUAACUUCCCGGAGACUUCACCCACACUCAUUUACUCACCGCAAAGGCUAAAGGGACAGGGAGAGCAGACAAGCCGGCAAGGACUGAUGCUCUUUCUAGAUAUAUCCUGCACAGCACUUCCUUUCGGAUACAGUUGUUGACAAGACUUGGUCGCUGGCUGUUUUUAUGAAAUACACUCUAGAAAUGAACCUCUUGCCCAGUCCAAAUAGAAGGUACUAUAAUGAAGACUCCAUCUUCGAUUAAAAAACCAAAAUAGUCUCCAUACUUUUGGACAAUGAAGUGAGUUUUUCAAAGAAUUCCAUAUUUAAAGAUACAUUUUAUUUAAUAAUAGUAAAAUGUAUAGCUCUUGUACAUAAUUAGUUUUUACAUUUGGAAAGUUUCUCUACGUGCUCCCUUACACACACUGUAACCCUAUGGGGCUCUGCCAAAGGUCUGUAAUGUUUUCACCUGAAGUAGUAAUUUUCUUGACACCACUUGCCUGCUGGGUAUUAACAGGUAAUCAAAUUUUAAAACGACCACAGCCUGAUCCUUGCAAUUAAUUUCCCACCCACCUGUUAUUCAGCGUUGUACAUAAAAUAUAGUUCAAUAACAUAAGAAUCUUCAAUGCUGUCUAAUUAAAAAUUAACAUUUUAAAUAGCUGUCACUGGAUUUCUCUGUAAUUAUAUAAAAAACCAUUUCUUAUUUAUGAUACUACCUUUCACCCAAAGAACUCCAGUUAUGCACUAAGCAUUCCUCUCUCAUUUGCCAAAAUAGAUGGAAGGAAAACCUUCCAGGUAGGGAGUCAGACUGCUCACCUGGAGCAGAAGUGAGGAAAUCUCACUUUCAUUUCAGGAACUGGUGCCUGCUUCUUCCAACACCAUGAUUCCCAGCUGGCUGUAGGUCUUGGGAAGAACAACAGGCCCAAAUUUCCUUGUGACGGUAAUUUAGUAAAUUUGCUAUUUGAGUGCUAACCUGAGCUGGCAUGGCAACAUCAUGUAUUAAUUUUAGGAUCCAAUCCAAGUAAUUGGGAAGGUGUUGACCUAUACGUGUGUACCUGUGUAAGGGGGAAAUGGUGGGACUUAUAAGUUUCACUAUUUCAUGAAUAUGAAGCACCUGUGUGAAAAAAAUCGUAGAAUCCAAGCAUAGGGAACAGGCACACUGCACUGCAAUUGCUAGGAAGAUAAAAAGUUAUCCAGGGAAAUACUGAAUACAGGAGGAUACAUCCCCACCCCAACCCCACUCCCUAGUCUACCUACUUAGAUGCCGGCUCAGUCAUCACAACCUGAUCCUAACCUGAGCUGAUCAGGACCUGAGCUAAAAUCAAGAGUCAGAUACUUAACCGACUGAGCCACCCAGGCGCCCCCAACAUACAAACAGUUUUAAGUCACUCAUGCAGGUUUUCUUUCAGGGCCAGUCUUUAGGGUGGAGGGAUAUUUAACAUGUUAGCAAGAAUGAAUUUCGACUCCCUAAAUUGGCUGUCCCCAGGCUUUUCAUUUUUUUCUUGUUGAAGUGGGGGCUGUGCUUGUCUGACAAUUGGAGGGUCCAGGAACCUGAUGCUAAGUGAGGGAAGAGGAGGUGAUUCCAUGGUGGAAGGGGAGGAAGAAGGGAGAGCCAGAGAGGGCAGAGUCAGAUGGCUUUGCCUCCACUGGGCACAUGCACAGAUACGCCCUCUGCCUGUUGGCAGGAACCAAGCUCAAAGGCUCCCCCUGGGUACGCUCACACCUGGGAACAGGAACCCAUGUCUAAGCCCUCCCUAGGGUCUUGGCAGAACUUGAGGCCCAUUACUGUCUGUCUCCCCUGCUAGACUGUGAGUUCUCGAAGGCAGGGGAACUACUCUGCAUCUUAGUGUCCCCGGGGCCCUGCAUAGGGAAGGAGCCAUCUCUAAACAAAGUUGUGCUGAGUUGACUUGGAAAGAGAGACGGGACUUGGUUGCUAUGGUGCGAGAUGGUUAUUAGACGGAAGCAGACCCUUGCUAACCUGAGGGGUAAGAAGUGAAAACAGGUCAUUUUGUUGGAAUCCAUGCAGUGCAUGCUCUACGCGUGUAUAUAUUUGUUUGCCUGCCUAGAUUCAGGCAUAUGUUUCUUGCACUUCAAAACUCAUCGUACCGUUUUGUAGACUGUACCAUUUUGUAGACUGUUGGAUGUUGAUGCUUAGCUAUUCUAAGCUGGCAAUGUUAAGUAUGCUCUUGUUUAUAUUAAAGACUUGGUUUGAAUGCUCAAGUAAUUCAUCCCAUUCAGUUUUACUUAAUACUGACUAUCUGAAUGGGGCAGCAGAAGCUAGUGCAAUGAACUUAGGCUGGGCAGUGAGAAAGCCCAAAGCAUCCUCAUGGUUAAAGUUCACUGAUUGCCCAGAUGUCCAGGCACCAUGCUAAGCACUUGGGUGUGCAUUAUCUUACCACACGGUGUGUGUUGGUGUCGGCACUAGUACGUACCAUCUUGCAUGAGGAAACAGGCUCGGCAUGCUGAUACGACAGAUCUAAGGCCAGACAGCAGGUGAGUGCCGGCGCCAGGAGUCUUGAGCAGGUCUGUAUGACUCCAAAGCUCUGCUCAAAACCACUGUGCCCCACUUCCUCUCAGAGCAGCCUAAUUGUAUGUAGGGUUUUGCCACAUCCGAUCUCAUGCAGCCUCGUAGACCCCACCCCACCAGUCAAGUGGCUUAUAUUUUAAAAAUUCUUUUUAAUAAAAUAUUCCAAUCUGA